AUGGCCGGCGAUGAGAACAUGUCCGCGCAGGAGAUUCAGCUACGGGACUGCUUCGCGAAAUUUGAUAGCAACGGGGAUGGCAGGAUCCAGGCUGAUGAGUUCAAAAAGUUGAUGUCCAGUCUUGCUGACUUCACCCCCAAGGAGAUAAAGCGUCUGUUCAAAGAAGCUGACACUGAUGGCUCAAACAGCGUGGACUGGAAAGAGUUUCUAUCAUGGAUUCUGAAUGGAACAGCGCUGAAAGGUAUGGGUGCCAAAGGCGCCGCCUCCUUUGAGCGGCUUCUGAAUACGGAGACACAAGACGAAGCGAGCUUCGUAGAAUCAGCUCAGAUGGGUCACAACGUGACCGAGUACCUGCGACAAGCUGGGUCAAAGGACAAGAAGCCGCGACAGCGAAAACGAACUGCGCAGAAGGCAGCCUGUGAUGAUCUCGGGGUUCCGUCCGAUUGGGUUGGCCACAGGAUUCAACUGCCAAUGACACCUGACGGUGCACGACAACUGUUAGAUCACUUCUUACAUUCUGGCGCCAAGAGUCCUCUUCAUUCCAAGCAUGUGACGCACAUCAUUACCCAGUUCGUGUCGGCGUACUCGGUACGACAUCCCAAGCCUGUGGUCUACACCGAUGUCCCACAACCAGACGGGAGGUUAAUAAUCGUCGGUGACACGCAUGGUCAGCUUGCCGAUGUGUUGCACAUUCUCUAUCAUCUCGGCCCACCAAGUGCCCAGAACAGGUAUUUGUUCAACGGCGACAUGGUCGACCGCGGGAGCCAGGGCGUCGAGAUCCUUCUGAUUCUGUUUGCUUUUUUUCUUGCAGACCCAGAGUCAGUCAUUGUGCAUCGUGGCAACCACGAGAACGAGGACAUGAAUGCAUUGCACGCGGACAAUGGCGGAGGCUUCGAAGAUGAGGUGAUGGAAAAAUACGGCCUGUCCGUGUACAGGCACUUCGUCAGUUCCUUCAAAGUCAUGUCGUUGGCAUCUGUCAUCAACAAGGAGAUCUUCGUUGUGCACGGUGGGCUGACGCGGGUGAAGAACCUGACAAUCGACUACAUCAACACGUUGCCUUUCCAGGACUACACCGCGCCACAUCCCAUGUCCAGCAACGUGAAGGAACAGCUUUUCUCUGACCUACUUUGGAGCGAUCCCACCGAACACGAGGGGAAAUACAAGUCAGAUCGUGGCGUCGGAAUAAAGUACGGCCCCGAUGUGACGACCAAAUUCUGCAGCCAGAAUCGGCUGAGGUUUCUGGUCAGAAGCCAUCAAGUGCCAGAAGAUGGGCGUGGCUUCCAAAAACAGCACAACGACCGCUGUGUAACUGUCUUCAGCGCCAGCAACUACUGUGGCGAUGGAGGGAACUUUGGCGCGGUCAUUGUCCUGUCUGCCGCCAACUUUCCACGCUACGAGGUGUUCGAGCAUUUCGCGGCGCCGCUGGACGAAAUGCCUAGCAUCGUUGCACAAGGGGACUCUGUGGACUGGAACAAGACAUCCACGUCUCAGCAGCGGGACAGUUUGGAGGCAUCGCGAGUUGCUCGCCAAGAAAAAACCUUUGCGCGAAUGAUCAUCUCCAUUAUCGAGAAGAAGCCCCAGCUCUGGUCGUACAUCAUCCGAAAUUCUGUAGGACAGAAAAUGCCAACAGAUGAGUUCGUUCAGAUGAUGGAAGCGCAAAUUGAAAGUGACAAUCCGUGGAAGGAGGCCUUAGAGGAGUGGGGUGUGAUCCAGGAUGAUGGACAGAUCGAGGUCACCAAGUUUCUGAACAAAUGGGUGGUGAAGAGCGAAUCUGCAGGAUAUUCCUCUUUCGUGAAUGAUGCCAUCAAGCAGGUGUAUGAGGCGAUUGUCGCGAUGGACAUGGACCUCACCGAAACCUUCAAAAUGUUUGAUAAAGACGGGGAUGGGACUGUCGACAUCAAGGAGGCGAAGCAGGUUCUGGAGAAGUUCAACCUUGGCUUAUCGUCAUCCCAGAUAGAUCGGCUCCUUGGCCAGCUCUUUGCUACCUCGGUUGUUGCAGCUGACUCCGUGCGACUUUCCGUCCAGGAGUUCCUGGGGCACUUCACCACGGUUUACUCUGCGACAAACAAUGCAGACCUGCCGCGAUGGUGUCUCGAUACUCUUGGGCAAAUCGGCCGGCUGAUCAUCAAGACGAAGGCACCUGGUGCAGGAGAUGGUGAGUCUGGAGAUGCUACCAAGAUGUCCCAAGUCUUCCAAGAGAUCGACACGUCUGGUGAUGGAAUUCUGCAGCUGGACGAGUUUGUUGCUGGCAUCGAGAAGUUGCCGGGAUUGGACAAGUUGAGCGUGGACGGGGAGCGCCUUUCGCACGAGAAGCUUGUGGACAUUUCAAAGAUCUUGGAUGUGACGCAAGACGGCACUCUAAACUAUUUGGAGUUUCAGCAGGCUUUCCAACUGAAAGGUCAAGGCACAGCAGACUUGGAGAACAGCUUGGUGGAGGACCUGACUACAUUGCUCUUCCGUUACCGAGUUCACAUCCGGACGGGCUGCCAGUUUCUCGAUGAGGUAGACAGUUGCAAGGUCUUGAGCGAGGAUUUUGAGAAUGUGCUUCGGGGAGUGAACAGUGCCCUACAUUCGAAUGAACAAGGCAUUUCCGAAUCGCAAAUCAAGCACCUGUCUUCUGCGCUGACUGUGGAGGAUGAAGAAGGCUUGAUUGUCGGCUAUGAUGCAUUCCUCAGGUCCUUUGUGAUUGUGGACACGACGGAUGGGACUGUGAUCAAGUCGUUUCACUGA